AUGACGUUGGCCAAGGCGCUCGUGAGCCGCUUCCAGAGCAGCGUGAAGCAAAAGAAAACUGCUGCCAAUCUACUGGCUAUCAAGCAACGACCUGAUGAGUCCAUCAGGGACUACAUCACCCAUUUCAACGCAGAGAGCCUGGAGAGCAAGGACUUGGAUGAUGCAAUGGCCUUCAACACCUUGCAUAAUGGGGUCACCAACCAUGACCUGGUAAAGUCGCUUGCCCUGGACCCAGUGACCACCAUGCCACAGCUACUGGACCGCUGCUACCAGUACGCAAACAUGUUCGAUAUCAUGAAGGCGAGGAAGGUGGUGGAUACAAAGGCUCCAGAGAAAAAGAGAGCAAGAGAGAAGGAUGAGAAGAAAAAAGACACCAAGAGGGCGAGGUCCGAUCGAGAGCAGAGCCCAGAUUACACCCCGAUCAACACCACCAGGACCAAAAUUUUGAUGGAGGUGUAUGAUCAAGGUCUGUUGCAAUGGCCCAGGCCGCUGUUCUCUAGGCCUGAGGACAGAAACAAGAAUAAGUUCUGCAAGUUCCACAAGGAUGUCGACCAUGACACCGAGGAUCGCAAACAACUAAGGAGAGAGAUCGAGGAUGUGAUACAGAAAGGCCAUCUAAGGCGUUAUGUCAAGGAAGAUGGGAAAGAUAACUUCAGAGGUUGUGAAACCGCAAGGAAUGACCACAGGAGAGAAGAUAGAUAUAAAAGAGGAGGUGACCGAGAUCGCCGCGAGGACUGGCGUGAUGACCAAAGAGAGGUCAGGAGGAAUGAUAAAUAA